AAGGAGAUGUGGGAGACCAUCAAGCGGUACUUUGGGGACGGCCACGUCCUCGGGUCUGCUCCGCUGCGCUACAACAUGCACAUCUGCGACAUGAAGAGGCAGGCGUCGACUCCCGUGGCGCAGAAGAAGGGGAGCGCCUGGUACGGCAUCGAAAUCAGCGAGCAGGCGAUGCCGUUGUACUCUGUGUUAGGCGACACAUGCGAACCCCCCUGCACCUGCAACGACAUGUCGGCCUCGCACCCAGACGACUACGUCAUCACGUCCGGCAAAAACGACAAAGAUCCAGACAAUGUCAGCCUGUACAUCAUGCGCGACGUGCUAAGCUGGUGGGUGCACUGGGGCGGCGUGCUGCGGCCCGAGGACUACUGGAAGCAAAUCUACGUCGCCUUCGCCGCGAUUCCAGACGACGUGCAACUGCCCCCCAAGGACUUCCUCAACGGCUCCUACCGCUUUCUAGGCCACACGUGGGACGACUGCAAGCAAGGGCUCCUCCGCGAGGGUCUGCCCCCGGCCGAAGUGGAAUUCGUCGAGAUGUGCCUGUGGCGGCAGAUGCUGACGCAGUACUUUGAAAAAGUCGACCCGGGCGUUUACGCGCUGCUCAAGAGUAAAACGACGCUCAUGACGCAGUACCGAGUUUUGACGGGCAACACUCUGGGUUGCGCGGCGCUGAUUUUGGCGACUGACGGGCUUGUCUCGGGCGGGGUGGAUGACAACGCGCUCGAGGCGGCGUCCAUUGCCCAGUGCAUGAGCAUGGACAUGGCGAAGGAGGCGCUGGGGAUUCUUCAGGGCGAAAAGACGGAGACGGUGGCGGGCGACCGCGUGCAGCUCAAGCGCGAGCUGCGCUGGGUCUACGUGCGCUGCAUGGAGUAUCUCGAGACGCAGCCCAACGCGCAUCUUUUGCGCCGGUUUGGCUCGUCGGGUCUGCACUACGUGCCCAUGAUGGAUCGCUAUCUUGAGCGCGUGCGCGGCCAUGUGCGGUUCCCCAUCACGGGUGCCAAGGCGCGCAUUCUUGAGCCGUUCAUCAACCGGGCUUAUGUGUCUGACGACAUCAAUCCGGAUGGCCUGCCGAGCAAGAAGGCCAAGGGGCAUGGGAUAAGCGGGGUGAACGGCGUCAAGACUGCUAUGCCACAGGAGGUUGCGCCCGUUUCUUGAAUAUGUAUUCGGUUCAGUUGUCGUUGGUCUGGUGGGCCAGCCAGUCAUGUCUCUUGUGGUAUAGGAGUUGCAGGGUUGCUUCAACAUUCC